AUGGAGAUAAAAGGGUGGGCGCUGCAAGACGCGUGGAUGACGAAGUUGGCGGACUGGCUGGCGCUUUGUCCGAUGAGUGAAACGAACCCAGGGGGGGUCGCGGCAGUUGGCUCAUUGUUGGCGACGGAGCUGGACCGCUUGGGGUUUACCGUCCACCGCAUUCAAAACCCAUCGGGGCGAGAGGGGUCGAUAGUUCUGGCUGCGAUUCGGAGUCCAUCGCCAGGGGUUCGGACGUGGGUUGGGUUGUGCGGUCACUGGGACGUCGAGACCACCUCCCCCCUCAAAUGGGCAAGCGACCCACUGGUCCCCACGAUCCGCGACCGCCGCGUGUAUUGCCGAGGCGUGGGGGACAACUUGGGGCCGCUGCUACAACGUUUGCUGGUGUUGGCGAGUAUGUCGGAGGAUGCACCGUGUCCGGGGCUUUUCUGGGUCUUACACGGCGAAGAAGAGACAGGCAAUGGCUUCCCCCAUCAGGUGUUUCCAACCCUGUACGCAAAAUUCCCCAACUUGAAGGAUUCGAUCGCGCUGUGGAUGGACGAAACGGGCUACUUUGAAGCGAACGGGGACCAGCGCCUGCUGGUGGUUCAGAACCACAACCGUGAGCUGAUGCGCAAGGUUGUGGCAGCGGUGGAAACCAGUGCCCACGCCGACGACGGGGGUCGUCAGGUGCAUGUGGUGGAGCGCUUUUUGAAUAAAGAAUUGGGCGGCAAGACGUGCCCAUACCGGCGUUAUCUGUUUGGCCCACAAGUUGACUAUGUCGCGUUGGGCAUGAACGAUGUACUCACCAACAUCCAUCGACCCAACGAGUCUGUGCCACUGGAUACCUUGGCAGUAUCCGCCACCCAAUUCGCAAAAGUCUUAACGGUGGUUGCAACCCAUAAUGAGGACGGUCAAGUUGUCAUGCAGGCGACGGUUGAGUAA